CUGUACUCUAGUCUCCCUGAUUUCUACGCACCGCAAUAAUAUAAUACUUAUAAAUUUUCGGAGUUCAUCGUUAGCGGUGUAGUUUUAAAAAAUUGCGUAAUUCCACGAUAAGAUCAAGUCGCGGAUCCCGUGUAGGGUGGAUUGCGGCGAAAUACGUGCGCAAUUAUAAAUUCGCUCCAUUUUCUUCGUGAUAUUGAUUUGAAAAAAGGAAACCUGUGCGCCAUCGUCGUGAAGUAGUGUGGCUUACCGCAUUCGUGUGUGGUGCGUGUGUGCGUGUGUCUUCAGCGAGUGUUUUUUACUCGCCGAAGAAAUAUACUGUAAAAUCAACGUAAAAUAUAAUUUUUUACGAAAUAUUCGUUAGCCUUGAUAACGAAAAUGUCUGUGACGUUCGCUCAACGAUCUCGGCCACCGAAUCCAGCUCAAAUACAAAAGAUGCUGGAUGAGAACAGUCACCUCAUUCAGAGCAUUCAGGAAUGUCAGAACAAAGGAAAAUCUCAAGAGUGUAUACAGUAUCAGCAAAUGUUACAUCGUAAUUUAGUCUAUUUAGCAUCCAUAGCCGAUGCGAAUCAGAAUAUUCAAGCUCUGCUUCCGCCUCCUCAGGGAAUGCAAGCAAUGGCUAACGGACCUCAACACAAUAUGAUGGGACCUCAAGGACCUCAGGGUCCCCCCAGCAGCGCAGCAGUUCCUGCUGGACCUGGUGGUGACAUGCCUCCAAAUUCUCAACAACCUCUGCCUAUGUCUGGCUUCUCUCAAGGUCAGCCUAUCGCUCAAGGUGGAUACAGAGGGCCUGUGAUACCGAGCCAAGGGCCAGCCAUAAAUCGACCAACGGCAGGCCCAGGACCCCAGCAAUACAGAGGUGGACCCCAGGUGUAUCCACAACAGCCGAACCAACCUGGUUAUCCAUCAGCAUACAGCAACCAGAGUCCAGGAGCAAAUUACCAAGGGCCACAAGGUUCGGCAUACACGCCAGGUCAGCCAAAUCAGUACGGCCCACCGAACGCGUCGCAGCAGCAGGGAUACCCAGCGGGUAAUCAACCGACAGGUUACGGACCGCCGACAACAGUGAACAGUUACGGUCCGCAGCCAGGAGGAUACCCGCCACCAGGUGGAUCUCAACCUCCAGCGGGUUACGGUCCACCGCCACCGAAUCAGCAGGGUUAUCCACCGCCGAGCGCGUCGCAGCAGUCGUUCCCACCGAACAGUCAGCAACAAGCGCCGGGUCAAGUUUACGGAAGUCCGAGUCCGCAGCCGAAUUAUCAACCGCCGACGCAAGGUGGACCGCCCCAAAAUGCGUACAGCGCUAAUCAAUCGGGCUCUUAUCCGCCGCCAUCUUCCCAAGGUUAUCCGAAUAACGUACCGGCCCAAAAUUAUCCUCCACCACCGACCUCGAACGCUACGCAAUCGGGAGCUCCACCUCCUCAGCAACCGAGCGGUCCCCAACCGAAUUACGUAAACCAACCGAGUCCCGGACCGGUUCCAUCCCAAUAUGGAGGCACUUCGACCUCACCACCGUUCAGCACAACGUCCGUCAGCGGCGGUAACACUUACGCACAAAGUACUCAACCAACGAGUACACCCUCCGCCUCCACUCAAACUUAUCCUUCGAGUAGCGGCGGGCCACCGCCCUCUUCUCAAGGUGCCACCAGCUACGCACCACCAGGACCUUCCCCGACGGGCUACCCUGCUCACCAACCUUCCCAUCCGCCGCCUCAUCAAUCUUGCCAUCAACCUCCUCAUCCUCCCCACCAAGGCGGACCUCAUCAACCCUCUCAUCAAGCCUCCCAUCAACCUUCUCCUCAUCAAUCGCCUCACCAAACUGCUCAACAAUCCCAGCAACAGUCUCAAACUCCCCCUCAGUCCCAGCAACAGCCCCAACAACAACAAUCUCCCAGUCCCGCGCCCAGUGGCUUUCAACCACCUUCCGGACCGCCUCAAGGACCUUCCGGACCUCCACCCGGUCCGCCUCAACCCCAAACUGGCUACGGACCUCCUCAAUCCCAUCCUGCAACUACGCAAACUUACGUACCACCCUCCCCAGGCGGGCAACCACAGGUUUACUCUCCUCAUCCUCCCCAAGGCGGUCAACACUACGGACAUCCUCAAUAUCCUCCACAAAAUUAUCCUCCCCCACCCGCUGGUCAAGGAUAUCCUCAAUAUCCUCCACGUCCUCCAGGAGGACACAUGCCGCCACCUCCUGGUCCUCAAGGUCCUCCUCCCCCGAACCAAUACGGCGGUUAUGGCGGUUAUCAACCGCCGCCUCAGUGAGACAACGCAUUUUCUUCUCUCAACCUAUCAGUUUCCUACUCGAAAAAACCUCGUUACUGAUAAUCAUCGAUUAAUCAUUGAAACAAACUGCGAAUUAUUCAAGCUGAUAAAUGCCGAAAAAGGUUUAACAAAAAGACGAUUUAAUGGCACUAAAAGUAUGCAAUGUUCCGUUAUGAUAAAUCAUAAAAAAUCUUUCAUUUUUAUUUCUACAUUCGCGGAACGCGUCAAUGCCUCCUUUUCAAUUGUAAAAAUAUAUUCUCAUCUUCUUUUCGUAUAGGUACAAAAUAAUACCAUUUAAACACUGUUAUUCCGAACUUUAUAUAUAAUUUCUUCAUCAACGAAUUGAAAGAUUCGAUAAAUCGAUCGACUCAACGAGACUAUACUUAGUAGUUUUUAACAUUAUCGUCCGUAGAUUAAAAGUUUUAACAUUGUAUAAGGUAACUAUAGGAAAUUGAAUAGGCACCCUUUUUUGUGAGUUUGAAGUAACCUGUUCGUCAACUUUGUUUUGAUUGCGUGUAUAACUAAGGAAUUUUAUUUUCUUAAUGUUAAUUUCGGUUGUUCAUUCCGAACUGUAAAAGCAAAGUGAUCUCGAUAUUUUUUUCUUUUUUUGCACUGCGAACUAUUAAGUCCUGUUUAUUAGAGCCUACAUUCCCAUCCGAUCUUCGCAUAAUAAUUUAAUGCUACACGUAUUGUAAAUUAUUAUAUUGCGCCUAAUGACCGAAAAUUUCCUUCGGCCGCCAAUAGUUUUUGUAUUUUUCUAAUUUAACGUAAAACAAAAAAAAAGAACAAUCGAAGUAGAUACGUAAACGAACUCGAAUGACCGCUCAAACAAUGAAUUUUUGUGCUCUGCGAUAGAUUUCCGUAUGGAUAUAUGUUAUUUCGUUUUUCUUAUUAUUCAUGAAUAAACAUGAGAAUCGUGGGGAUGCAAAACUGAAUUAUAUGCUACCGUCGAAUUUAGCGAAAUGUCAGUGAAUCCUUAUGAUCAACUCGCGUAUGUGUGAUUGAAAAAAAUGCAAAUAUACGUAUGUAUACAUUUA